CGAGGUCGGGAAAGUUCACCGAAAUGGAGCGGCAAGAUGAUAACGGCUCGACGCGAAACGAUAAUGUUGCAGAUGAUGACGAAGGGUCUUUUGAUCUCGACGAUCUUCUGCCGAUCGUCGGCGAGUUCGGUCGUUAUCAGAAGCAGCUGCUGUGGUUGGUUUGUCUGCCGGCGUGUCUGCCCUGCGGUUUUUGUGCUUUCAAUCAGCUAUUCAUGGCGGACACACCGCCACAUUGGUGCAAGGUGCCGGGUCUGGAGAAUCUGGACGCCGAUCGCAGAAGGCGUCUUGCUAUUCCUGCGAGUCAGAAUGACAACGAGACGUACAGCCAAUGCACGCGAUACGACGUCGACUGGACGACGACGACGAUAGAAAAUUUCUCCGUCGUGACGACGUAUCCGCCCGAGUCCAACGCGUCUUGGUCUGUCGUCCCUUGCGACCAUGGCUGGGAGUACGAUACCUCGGAAGUGAGGUCGUCCGUCGUUAUCGACUUCGAUCUCGUGUGCGAUCGCUCGAUUUAUCCAACUAUCGGCCUGGUGGCCCUUAACACAGGAGGUCCCAUAGGAGUGUAUCUUUUCGGUACAUUGAACGACAGAAUCGGCCGAAGGUUAUCCUUCUUUACAUGUCUAGCGACAUUAAUAACCGGCAGUUUCCUGACAUCAUUGACGAACAGCUUUUGGAGUUGGGCCUCCACGCGCUUCAUCGUCGGCUUGACGAUACCGGCAAUUUAUCAAAUACCUUUUAUUAUCUCUUUGGAACUGGUAGGCCCCAAUUAUCGCUCGUUCGUCACGGUUAUGACAUGUUCCUUUUACACUAUGGGUCUUUGCAUGCUAGCAGGCGUCACCUAUUUAAUACGCGAUUGGCGAACUCUCGCCCUAACCACAAGCGCGCCUUUUCUCAUUUAUUUCUUUUAUUGGUGGUACUUGCCGGAAUCGCCACGAUGGUUGUUAGCAAAAGGCCGUCUAAUUGAGGCGAAUAAAAUUCUCGAGACCCUAGCUCAAGUGAACGGCAAGGAACUUCCGACUUCUUUUACACAGAAACUUCGUCAGCGCAUGAUGAUGACGAGAUCAAAGAGCGAAGAAGAAAGAUUGCGAUCCGGUCCUGGUGUCCUUGCGCUUUUUAAAACACCGAACAUGCGUCUCAAGACGUGCUUGAUUACGUUGAACUGGUUCGCCAACAAUAUGGUGUACGUCGGUCUUUCUUAUUACGGACCGGCUCUAGGAAGUGAAGAACAUUUGAGUUUCCUGUUUUCCUCGCUCGCCGAGAUUCCUAGUUACAUGGCUUGUUGGGUUGUAAUGGAUCGAUGGGGCCGCCGAUGGCCGCUCUGUUUGUGCAUGGUUGUGGCCGGAGUGUCGUGCAUCGCCACGGUGCUGUUGUCGUCCGAUGCUGUUCUGGAGACCUUGAUACUGUUUCUGAUAUCGAAGUCCGCGAUAUCAGCCUCCUUUUUAAUUAUUUAUCCCUUCGCUGGGGAACUUUACCCCACACAACUUCGCGGAAUUGCUAUCGGUUUCUCCGCGUACGUAAGCGGCCUCGGUCUCAUCAUUAUACCCUUCGUGACGUAUCUCGGAAAAGAGAAUCUCGUGCUGCCUUUGGUCAUCUUGGGCGCGAUCUCGGUAAUUGGUGGCUUGUCCGGGUUGCGAUUGCCGGAGACACUUCAUCAUCGUUUGCCGCAGACGGUUGAAGAAGGCGAAUUGUUUGGACAAGAUUGGACGUGUGCCGAUUGCGUUCGCUGUGUGCCGACCAAACCGUCUUCGAUCGCAGCUUCUUACGAAGACUUAUCGGUACGAGACAACGAAGUUGUCGAAAUGCACGAAGUACCAGAGAGUCCGAUCCGCUCGUCACUUUUGGAGGAGCAGCAACGGCCGACCACGGCGAGUGUUCGCCGUUUGGUACGUCAGUCUAGCAUAAUGGAUACUCAACGCGCAUCCGACGGAUCCAUGAAGAUGACGUAUUGGUUUUAGUCUCGAUCGCUUUAAUCAGUUUUACCUUCUAGUCGUUAUUAUACAAAAGUCAAAAGUAUUUUUCUUUCCGAUUUAUCCGCGCGCAAUUUAACUAUUUUUUAAUACUGAGAUUACUAAAAAAAAUUCUAGAAAAUAUUUAACACAUAAUAUACU